AUGAGCAGAUUAUAUUUUCAACCAAAGAAACGAGUCAUGUCUCGUGGAAGAGAUGAUCGUGAUUCUGGAAGUUCGUUGUUUAUUGGUGAUUUAAGUCGUGAUGCUAGUAAAGAAGAAAUUGAAAAAGCAUUUACUUAUUAUGGAAAAUUGAGAAAUGUUUGGCUAUCAAGAUCUCCAUGGGGCUACGGUUUUAUUGAUUUCGAAGAUCAAAGAGAUGCUGGUGAUGCAGUUAAAGCGCUUGAUGGAAAAAUGUUAUGUGGAUCACGUGUGAGAGUUGAAUUCUCACAUGGCCGUGGACGAGCGAGAGGACGUCCGGGUCGUUCAGGUAGUCGAUCACCACGUGUACGAAAACCGUUUAGUCCAAAUGAUGUUUGUUAUGAAUGUGGAGAUCGCGGACAUUAUGCUUAUGAUUGUGAAAUAAGAUUAAAACGUCAACGACGAAUGCGUUCUGGUUCAAGAAGCCCUAGUCGUUCGCAUCGUAGUCGUAGCGGUGGUAAAAAACAUCAACGUGGAAGACGACGUUCCCGCUCAUCAAGUCGUUCACGAUCUCGAGGACCAUCCUAUAGUCCAUCUCGUUCUCGUUCUCGAAGUCAUUCAAGACAAAAAAAUGGCAAACGUUCACGAUCUCGCAGCAGAUGA